CGGGGUAUGGGAACGAAUGAUCACAGCAGUGGAUACAAGCUCAAGAACAUAAGGCAUUGCCAUCGUAACAUGCAUUCUUCAAUCUGACGCUUGCAGCUCAGUCCCUCGCUUGUAUCGUCACUGUACAGGGAACAUAGGUGCAGAAUCGUGUCUCAUAUAGUACACAUGACGGUGUUUCACCAUGUCUGAUAAUAAUACUCAUGCUCUGAUAGUGUUAUUCAUACUCUGAUGGUGAUGCAUUCUGAUAGUGAUAUUCGUACUCUGAUAAUAACAGUCAUACUCUAUACAUACUCUAUAGCACUCCGACACCACACUCAACAUUGAAGCAUGUCCACAGACUGAAGGAAAAAAGAUGUUUUAUGAGACGCCAGCAAGCUAAACAGCCAGGUUGUGCGGUUGAAGAACACAGGUUAUUAAGGACCCAGACAGUUGUCAUCAAGUGGUGAUGAUGGAGUCAACAACAUUUCGCCUGCUGACUUGUUCUUUGCUCAGAUGCUGUAGAAGAGCAAAGUGUUUUGAAGGAGGCAGACGGACUUUUUUAUCAGAUGCCUACUGGUGUCAAGAUAUCUGGAACACUCGAACCAGCCUCCCUAUAUUUCGGGAUUUGAACAUGGACAAGUUCUAUCUCGCCAUGGAUAAAAACUUCCAGACCAGAGGGAAGGUGCUGCCCGUGGACAUUGAUCUGUUCGCCUUGUGUGCCACGUCGGACCAGCACCUGGACGACCUGCAGGACCUGGUGCACCGGUUUCGUCGCACGUCGCAGACGGCCGGCGUGCUGCCGUCCACCAGCCACCUGGUGGUGCGCGCCUUCGUGGCCGCCUCGGCCGACCGUCGCCUCCGCCUGCUCGACAUGCUGGACGACCGCGUCAACUACGGCGUCUUCCUCGACCAUAACACGGCCAGCAUGCUCAUGGACACAUUCGUGCGCGAGGGCAACACAAGAGACGCCGCCAAGAUCGCGACGCACUUGAUGCUGCAGGAGGACUGGGAUAACCCAAUCAGCAAGACGUUGGCGCUGCACUGCUGCUACGCGUAUGUCCAGAACCCCGUACCCGAGCCGUGGCAGGAGCCCGAACCGGAGGAGGAUCCAAAUGCGGAAACGGAGUACGUACGCGUCAAGUACCUGCGCAACAAGUGGCAUGACGGACAUUUUGACCUGCGCGAGGCCGCCGAUAUAGUGGGCAAGACUCUGGCGUGGAUCGGCGCCACGGUCGACGACGUUGGCGGCCACAGCUGCGAGCUGCUCGGGUGGACCAUGUACAGCAAGUGGCAGGAGCUGGUGCAGUGCUGCGACCGCCUGCAGGGCGGCGACGGCGUCUGCCAGGACGUGAUAGGCCGCGUCACCGGGCUCCUCUCGGCGGCCGGCGAGCAGUGUCCGGACGCGGCUGCUCUCUCGGCGCGCGUGGCCUCGUUGCCGACCGUACCGGCGCCGCUCGGUGACGCGCUGCGGCUGGCGGUCGAGCGCGCCGUGGCGGAGCAUGAGGUGGCGGAUGUGGUGCGUCUGCGCCAACUGUACGCCGAGUGGCAGCAACGCCGCCAGCACGAGCUCGAGCUGCAACGGCAGGCGGCCGACCGCGAGCGGCGCGUCCAGGCGCUCGAAGAGAAGCGACAGUACUUACGGGAGCGCGAGCGGCUGCUCUGGUUCUUCGACAACGAAGAGCCGCUGCUGGCGGAGGUGGAGCGUCAGUGGAACCGGCCGCAGCUGCCCAAGCCGCCGAUCGUGCAGAAGCUGCUGAGGAAGAAGCGGCAGACGGAGGAGGAUUAUGUGCCCCCCAGCGUGCGGCGCUCGCACAACAAGUGACGCGGCGGGCGGUGGGUGGGUGUUAGUUAAGAGCAUUAUAGACAAGGACUUGACUGUGGACGGGUCGUCGGAUAUAUGUUGUGACAAAGCACUGCCGUAGAAUUGAGAGCAAGGUGAUGAGUUUUUAAAGAACGCUUUAAAAUAUGAAGUCAGCAAACGAUU